AGGAAGUGUAAGAAUAAAUUUGAAAACCUAAUAAAGUACUAAAGAACAAAAGCCUGCUGUAAAAUAGCAUCUGAGCAUGAAUCAAACAACAGUAUCGGAUUUUGACGUAUCAAGCACAGUUAGAUAUGAAUCCUCCACCUUCAACGAUACGAAUGAUAAAGUUGUGCCCUUUCUUCCUUUUAAUGACGUCAUCGUGGCCGUCGUUGCCACAUUUCUAAUACUUUUCCUAAUUCUUGGAUUCUUUGGAAAUCUUCUGACGAUACUGGUCAUCGUUAAGUCAACGAAACUCAGAAAUAUCUUCAAUCAAUUUAUUUUGAGUCUCUGUGUGUCCGAUCUCUUCUCGGCAUCUGUCAGUUGGGUAAAUUUAUACAGAAGAACAUGGGGGUUCAAUGUAUUUGUCCCGCCAAACUUUUUCUGUUGGUUUUAUUGGGGAGCCGAUAUGUGGACUUCUUGCGUUACAUCUCAGCAUAUCCUAGGGUUCGCGAUUUUGCGCCUCAUCUCAGUGUGGAAACCGGUGAGAUUCAGCAAGAUUAAACCACUACACGGAAGGAUAUGGAUUGUAUUAAUCUGGGUUGUCGGAUUCCUUUGUGGCUUCAUACCUUUCGCUUUCUUCAGCGGUGCGAAGAUUAGAGACAGAAGCGAUAGAACAUCACCAACCGCUAGAUGGCCAUCUUGUACCCAGAACCAAGAAACACUUGAAAUCUACUCUCGCUACAUUGAAUACGCUUAUCCAAUCUUCUUCUACUUUCCGUUGGCUGCGAUCGCAUUGGUCUCCGUAGGCAUCGGGAUAGUCAUUGUACGAAAACGAGCGCAUAUGAGCAGAGCAAGAACAAGCAGCGACCCUUCCAAAGCUGUGAAGGAGAGACAGAAAGAAAAACAGGCGAUUCUACAAUUAGGACUGAUUGUCGGAUCGUUCAUGCUUGGAUAUAUACCGUUCACAGUAUACGAAUUCUGGACUCUUAAUAAUAAGGACACGUCACUAGAAGGAUGGAAGAGAGAGUGGAUGUUCGGUACAGCUCAAUACAUCUGUCUGAGAUUUUCAGAAUGCUUGAACCCCGUGUUCUAUAACCUUGCCUCAACGAAGAUGAGAAAAGAGACAAAGAAAUUCCUAAAAGGACUUGAUUGUAGAAAUGCCGGGUCCAAAGGGCGAGCAGCUUCUUCGGCUUCUUCUGUCGAUACUGGACUUGAGUUGUAGUUCAAAAUCUCAACACAAAGAUUCUUUUAUGCAAUUCUUCAUGAACCAUGGGUGUGCAGCCUUUAAUACAGGAGAGCCAGAUAGAAAUAAAUUUUGGAUAUUGAUCUUUUGAUAUGCGUUGGUCGCUUCGCACAAGUUUGCUGUUACGGCAUUGUAACGUCAUAAAAUAAUAAAUUGAAUUCAGGUAUAGGCUUUGCAACGCAAAGGGAUUAAAAUUAUUCUCACGCACUGAAUUAAGUUAAAAACUUGUUUAGCGGGCCUCACAUUAUUUAAAAUUGGCACUUCUCAGCGGGCCGCACAAUCUUUCCUUGUGGGCCGCAUUUGGCCCGCGGGCCGCAGGUUGCACACCCCUGCCAUGGACAAUCAAAUAUAGAUGUUUCCAUCUGGUCGCUGAUUUCCGAUCUGGUAUUAUGAACCUGCCUUCUCCAUCGAGGAAAUAUUCAAAACGGCAAUCGAGGCCACACAUUGUUAAUAAAUGUGGUACUCCGUAGUAUGUGCAUCAAGAUGGCGGACACCAGAACGUAGUAUGUGUAUCAGGUUAGGGUUAGGCCGUAAUUUCAGUUACAAAUACUAUGGGAGUCACUUGGCU